AUGACAGACACGAGUACUGAUCGGCUGAACCACACUCAUCUCUCCCCCUCUCAUUCCAAUGAUCCAGCUCUUGCAUUUGCCGCGGAACGUGCUGUCGCCAUCCACGCCGUCCUAUCUGCCAGCAAAGUCUGCCAGCGGGUCUUUACAAAGCUCGUCAAUGGUGAAACGAUCACCAAGAAGGACAAGUCUCCCGUCACCAUUGGUGAUUUCAGUGCGCAGGCUGUCAUCAACUCCAUCUUGCACAAAUCCUUCCCCGAAGACCCUAUUGUUGGUGAGGAAGAUUCCAAGGAUUUGAGAGGCGAGGAAGGUCGUCAGAUGAGAGAGAAGGUUUUGGAGUUGGCCAACAGCGGACUCGACCAGGCAUUGUCAGAGGAUUCGCUUCUUGAGACGAUAGACCGCGGAACAUUUGCUGGAGGCGCUCAUGGUCGUAUGUGGGCAUUAGACCCCAUUGACGGCACAAAAGGAUUCUUGAGAGGCGAGCAGUUUGCAGUGUGUUUGGCCCUGAUUGUCGAUGGUCAGGUCCAGGUCGGUGUGAUGGGUUGCCCCAAUCUCCCUGUUGAUGCCAAAGACAAGGAUGGCGAGAAGGGAUGUCUUUUUAUCACUGUAAAGGGUCAGGGCGCAUUCCAGCGUAAUUUCUCAUCGACAGAAGAGACUCCAAUCUCGAUGAGUUCUAUUCAAUCUCUUGCCGACGCGUCCUUCUGUGAGAGUGUUGAGAGCGGGCAUUCGAACCAGAGCGACUCUGCCAGGAUUGCACAUUUGUUGGGAAUCACGAAGGCACCCGUCCGGAUGGACAGUCAAUGCAAGUACUGCUCACUCUCGAGAGGAGAUGCAGAGGUCUACCUGAGGCUGCCGGUCAGCGCCACGUACGAGGAGAAGAUCUGGGACCAUGCCUCUGGUAGUUUGUUGGUCUCUGAGGCAGGCGGUAUUGUGUCUGAUAUUCAUGGUCAACCUCUGGACUUUUCUAAGGGCAGGACGUUGGCGACUAACUCAGGUGUCAUUGCUGCCCAUGCCAAGAUCCAUGGACGUGUCAUUGAAGCUGUCCAGAAGGUGCUCUUCCCCGAGGGCAAGCUGUAA